AUGGCGAAUGAGAAGAUGCUUCCAGCCCAAGAGGCUGCCAAAAUCUACCACACCAAUUAUGUGAGAAAUGCCAGGGCCAUCGGUGUCCUGUGGGUCGUUUUCCCCAUAUUCUUCACCAUCAUUACGGUGGUGGUCUUCAUUCAGCCCUACUGGAUUGGUGACAGUGUUAACACGCCGCAGGCUGGAUACUUUGGGCUUUUUCACUACUGUAUUGGCAACCCCAUCACCUCCGAAUUGGUCUGCAAAGGAAGUGUGUUUGAUUUUGGUUCGAUCCCCUCUGGGGCUUUUAGGACUGCUAUGUUUUUUGAAGGCACCAUUGUAUGCUUGGGUCCUUUCUUCUUCUGCAACUCCGCAAGUGUGUACAAGAUAUGCGCAUGGAUGCAAACAUCUUCAGCUGUGUUGAUGGUGAUGGGUUGCAUGAUUUAUCCGGACGGCUGGGAUGCUCCGGAGGUAAAGCAGAUGUGUGGCGAGCGGACGAACAAGUACACGCCGGGGAACUGCACCAUUCGCCGGGCUUAUAUUUUAGGCAUUAUCAGCAUCCUGGGAGAGAGAGCAGUGGCGUGCGGUUUCACUCUGGGCAACCGGCAAGACAAACUGCUGCCAGACGACUUCGAGGUGGAGAAUAACGGUAAGAGAAGCACUGAUUAA